AUGCGAUACAUCCGUGGAAGCAUUGAAAACCACAACAUUGUUGUUGUGUGCCCCCGCCGCUUCGGCGAUCCACCACCUGAUGUAGUGGUUGCAGAACUGAGGCGCUGUUUUCCUUGUAUUCAGCUCGGCCUGUCGGUCGGCAUUGGAGCGGGUAUACCGACGAGGAACGCAGAUAUCCGCCUGGGUGACGUUGUGGUGGGCACCGGUCACAUUGAUCUUGAUUUCGGGAGAUAUUUCGAUGGCAAGGUUUGUGCACAAGUUCGCCGAGCGGAAGUGGAUGGGUCACCAUCACAGGCUGUCGACGCAGCUCUGGCGAAUGUAAAAGCGAAUCAUAAGACCGGGCAUAGGGCGUUUGCACGUUAUUUGUCGUCGAUAACCUACGGAACCCCUGACCGCAUAUCCACGUUUUCUUAUCCUGAUGAAGAAGACUGGUUAUUCGCCGCUGCUUACACGCACUUUGAUGGUCUGGGCACGUGUGAUACAUGCGACAAAUCCCAUAGAGUGUCGCGUGUCGCCCGGCCACACGCUGAACCAGCUGUGCACUAUGGGCCAAUUGCGUCCUCUAACUAUGUGCUGAAGGACGCUAUUACACGCGAUAGGCUUGCUGAAGAUCUUGCUGUAUUCUGUGUAGAGAUGGAAGCUACAGGGUUAACGGGAUCGUUUCCUGCGUUAAUUAUCCGAGGAACCUGCGAGUAUGCAGAGUCGCAUAAGAAUAAGAACUGGCAGGGAUACGCCGCUGCAGCUGCAGCAGCUUACACAAAAGAGUUAUUGUUGGCAAUCCCCAGGAGUCGGACAAUGGACAGUGAUCAAAGUGAUACCGAAAGCGUCUUUUCAACGGGGUCAACCUUGUCGUCGCAAUCAUCCCAGGCCCGACCCACAUCAAUAGCGGCCGUUGAGCUGGCCGGCCUACUUUUGGAAGAUUCGGAAUUGAAUCUCCUGUAUCCAAAUGCAAUUAACAGGGCUGGCCCAGAUAGACUCGAAAGGCGCCUUAGACGCCUGAUUCGACGAUACGGCCGGAACCUUCAAGACGAGGUGUUGACUGAGGUUCAUCGCCAAGCGGCAAGGUUUGUUCAGGGGUCCGCACGACGAACCGCACUUGAAGUACGUCGGGCAUUAUUCGAAGAUACCCGGCAGCUUCCUUUGGACAGAAAGCUUGGCUCAGACCACACGGCAUAA